CCGCGCGUUUUAUUCUCUUAGUAGGGUUCUUCUGGCCGGCCGGAUGCGAGUGUCGGUGGCGUUUAUUUCCUCCUUGAAUGCAUGCUGUGAAGCAAUGGACUUUCUAGGCGUAGUUUUGCUUUGUCUUUCGGGUUUUCUAGUUUUAGCCGUUGGCGUGGGAGGAGAUGUAAUCGAGUUGGAUGACAGGUUUCUGCAAGCCAAGGACCAAGGUCAUUGGCUCGUUGAGUUCUAUGCCCCCUGGUGUGGCCAUUGUCAGAAGUUGACGCCCAUCUGGGCCGAUGUAGGGUCCAAAAUGAGGCAGAAACACCCUCAUAUACAAGUCGGGAAACUAGACGGCACACGAUACUCCAAUAUCAUGGACCAAUUUGAGGUCAGAGGAUUCCCUACUAUAAAAUAUAUAAGCGGUGAGAAGGUGUACACCCACAGAGGAGGUAGGACUACAAAGGACAUCAUGGACUUUGCUAUCAGAGCACACGGGCCAGCGGUACGUAGUAUGAACAAAGCCAUCGAGUACAAGCAAGCACUCAAGGAACGCAAAGUUUUCUACCUCCUGGUAACCGGUGAACAGGAUGAGGAGACCGAGUUAGGCAAACUUUACAGUAAAGUGGCGGAGGGUAAAAUACUAGAGAGCUUCUAUUUCAAGGGGCCCAACGAAGUAUUACCUAAAGACAUGCGGUUAGAAGCGAAAGACCUGCCAACUCUGAUGGUAUUCAAAGAUAAGAGACAUUACCGAUAUGAAGUUCCAGAGGAUGGCGUUACUGAAGAGAGUUUGACCAAAUGGAUCGUGGAUGAGAAAUUUCAAGCAUUCCCACUGAUUGAGAACAACAACAUUAAUUACUUGGCACUGUUAGAUAAGUUCUUGGUGUUGGCGCUAGUCAACCCCAGCAUCGAUAACUUCAAGACGCAUCCCCACUACCUCAUGAAGGACACAAUACGUAGAGUGGCCCUAGAGCAGAGAGACAGGUUUCACAAGAAGUUUCAGUUUGGUUUUAUGGAAACACCUGACAUCGCCAAUGACAUCACUCUAAGUCGAUUGGAGACCCCAGGCAUCCUAGUGGUUGAUCCCAAGACUUAUUUAUACUACGUCUAUGAAGACGAUGCCGUAGAGGUGACGGAAGAAUCGCUUGCCAGGUUCCUAGAGGACGUCGCCAUUGGUGCUAUUGAGGCUCACGGAGGAAACGGUUGGUUUAGGAAGAUCUACAGGGUUAUCUACGAAGUUGUUAACAGUUUGGUGGCCCUGUGGACAGCCAAUCCCAUCCUGACGACAGGCCUUCUGGUCGUUCCCUCCUUCCUCAUCAUCUUCAUCUGCUACAGCAUCUGGUCGGCCGAUCCCUACGACGAAGACAACCUGCCCCCGGACAGUGAAGACGAAGCUGAAGACGGAGACAGCCAACAGGACGCCGACGAGGAGAAGAAGGUGACCGAGCUGGACGAUGCCAGCAGACACAUCAAGUCAGAGUAAGGGGUUUGGGACUUCGUCGAGGCUCCGUGUGGAAGGGCGCCCUCGCUGGUGACAUGGGGAGAGGUUGGGCACGCACUUGAACACAAUCGCGCAGACCCCAAUUACUGACGCGCAUCAAGAUGUACGCAUGCAAACCACAGCAUGCACAUGGCAUUGGCCCAACAGGACACCAUUCCUGGCUAAGACAGCGCCCUCUCUCUGUCAUGCACGAAGCCUAUCAUAUCCAACCUGUUCAUUCAACCCCUCCCCCUGCCUGUCUCCCACCUUUGGGGAAUGUUACUGCCACUGAGGUAGGGUCAACCUAACUGCACCUCACCUUAUAACUUAUCACAGCAUCAGUUUUUGAAGGUUUUUCUCCAAAGUGUGUUAGCCAGUGAGAGAGAACGUAUUGUGUGAGUGGAGCAGUGUAGUCGUCGUAACCUUCCCAAAAUGUGACUAAUAGAGGUUUUUCACGUGACAUAACAUGACGGGCAGAGUCAUUGCACGAAGCGUACCAUGUCCGUGGAGGCUUGUGUAUCUUCGAAUCUGAGUCUUUCUAUUGGUAAUUUCAUGUGCACAAGAAUUUUGAGAGGCUUCAAAGACGUGCGCGUUUCCGCGCACAUCUGAGUAAAUUGAACGCCGACCGUCAAAAAUCAUGUGACUGAAAAUCCUCUGUAUUUCAAUUAUUCAAGUAGUAAAAGACGAAAUGAAUCUGGAGCCAACUGAGAAACUGUUCUUUUCCCUUUGUUUAGGGAUAGAUAUAUUUAAUUUCAAGUAGCAAUGCGUUUGCCUGUCUCUUUUUCUCUUUGUCUCACAGAGACCUCUUCAAGAAUUUAAGAUCCAUUUUCCUUCAUGAAAUCGUUUACAACUGUUAUGCGCGCACAGAGUCUUUCCUUAUUAAUAUUAGAAUUGAGUCGAACCUGAAAUCGUUGUUGAACAUCUGUGGGAGGCCUUUGAAAAGGUCCCACGGAAAACACAGAAGCUUGGCACUGCCAUUGUCAGUCUGAGUUUUAGACGAGUCCGCCGUCAAGGCUUGUGAAAAUGUUCCAAAGGGGAUCAAUUUAUUUGUUGCUUUUUUAUUUUUUUCAUGCAACCUGUUGACUGUAAUUUGCCAAGGAAGUGCAUACCCGAAAUCAUUUUAUAGAAGUGCCGCUAUUCUCCAAAAUGUUCUCGUCUUAAAAGCAAUGUUUUCUAGGGACGGAGCAGGCCCUUGACUUACUUUGGCAGCUUCCAAAAAACGACAAUCUGUUUUGACAGCGAGCAAUCGUGCACUUAACCGGACUGUGAACUACCAACAGAAUUAGCCUGUCAACCAACUCAUGUAAAUCAAAAUUGGGGUCAGAAUGAACACUUUUAAAAUUUGUUUUGAGAAGAGUUUAGUUUUUGUUUUAUAAUGACCUAAUUACAUUUAAUUACCAAGAAACUGUUAUUGUGAGUUUAUGAAAUUGGAGUCGAGAUGACAUGAUGUAGAGUUUGUACUCCAUAGAGACUUCUUUUUUAUUAAGGACUUUAGCUGGUAACCCUACGGUUGUUGUGUGUGGAAGACGCAGUACUGACAAUAGAUUCCUUUGUGGAGUUUGUAAAAGUCAUUUAUGAAUGAAAUUUAGUUUUGUUGAAAUCACAGGACUGUUUACGUAGAGUGUAGAAUUUGUACCCAAAAGCUGGAUCGGCAGUUUUUGGCACGACAUCGUGUGUGGGAGUAUAUCUGUUCUUACUAAAUAGUAAUUCAGGGAAUGAGACAUCUGGCGAGCAAGCCUUCAAAGGAGUGUCAUCUAAAAGCUAGAUGAAUGAAUUAUACCCUGGAGCUGAUGUCCAGGGGUGUUGGGUCCGAGACCCCCUCAUUGGUCAAACUCCUUGAUGACCUUUCAUUAUUUAGAAUUUGUGAAAUCCUUGUCGUAUUUGUCUGUGCCUUGGUCUUGCUGCAGAUGCCAAGGUUUUGAGUUAAUCUCUUCUCUUCUUUAAAUGCAAAUCUCCUUGAGACUGUUGUAGAUUCUAGACUAAUUUCAGCUAUUGCAAACUGUCGAGUGCAUUUUCACCUUGGCUUUGAGAUUUCCUAGUGGUUUUAUUUUGGUUGCAAGGUUGUGUAAUAUGCACAAGUUUCUUUCCAAGAAAAAAUGAAUACCCCGAUUCUUACAGUUCCCAUUCCCCCCC